CAUUUGUUCUAGAAAGGGCUGGACCCUGAAGGAAGGCAGGCUUCCUGGACCAGUGCCUACUUGCACGUAUCCACUUGCUCAGUGUGGAGCCAGCCAUGGCACCUGGAUUCUGGUCAAUGCUGAGGUGACUGGAGAUGGGGAGGCCCUGAUACCCAAGAGCUGUCCACAGAGAACCCCUGGACCCUACUGGGAUUGACCUCGUGACCUCAGAGACGUGGCCCCUCACAACUCAUGUGCAUCAUCUUCUUUAAGUUCGAUCCUCACCCUGUUUCUAAAAAUGCAUACAGGUUCAUCCUGGCCGCCAACAGGGAUGAAUUCUACCACAGACCAGCCAAGUUGGCAGACUUCUGGGGGAGCAACAAUGAGGUCCUCAGUGGGCUUGACAUGGAAGAAGGCAAGGAAGGAGGCACAUGGUUAGGUAUCAGCAUGAGGGGGAAGCUGGGAGCCCUCACCAACUACUUGCAGCCACAGCAGAACCGUGAAGCUCGUGGUAGAGGUAAACUUGUAUCCCACUUUCUGACUGCUGACAUGGAUAGCUUGUCCUACCUGAAGAAGGUCUCUGCUGAAGGUCACCUAUACAAUGGAUUCAACCUCAUAGCAGCUGACUUAAGCACAACAAAAGGAGAUGUUGUUUGCUACUAUGGAAACCGGGGAGACCCAGAGCCCAUUGUCCUAACACCAGGGACCUACGGGCUGAGCAAUGCGCUGCUGGAGACACCCUGGAGGAAGCUAUGCUUUGGUAAGCAGCUCUUCAUGGAUGUGGUGGAGCAGAGCCAGACACUUCCCAAGGAUGCCUUUGUUGCCCAGCUCCUGGACGUGCUCAGCAAUGAGGAAGCACAGCUGCCUGACCCAGCCAUUGAGGACCAGGGCCAGGAGUAUGUGCGGCCCAUACUGAACAAGUAUGCAGCUGUUUGUGUGCGUGGCUCUAAUUAUGGCACCAGAACCAACACCAUCAUCCUUGUGGAUGCAGAUGGCCAGGUGACCUUUACAGAACGAAGCAUGCUGGACAAAGACCCCUCCUGCUGGGAGACCACCACCCACGAGUUCAUGCUGCAGAGCUAACUGUCACCACUGGACAUAGCCAGAAGGCUGAAAAGCCAAGCUGUAGGGCCAGUGUGGACAGUAGACUUCCAUGGCCAUACUUUAGUUGAGGUGGGGCUUUUCCUCUUCUGCAUGCAUAAAUAGAACACAACUCUGCUUCCAUUCCCAUAGUCAGGCCUGCUUCUGCAAAAAAGAUGGUCAUUGGAGUCAGCUGAGAGAAGAUUUAUUUAUACUAUAGAACAACAGCCUUUUUGGAGGGCCAGUGGUCCUACACAUUUGAGGGGUUCUCCCAUGCACUGAUGGUCUUGAGGGUAGACCCAUGUGUGCUGUGUGGUUCUGUGUACACCCAGGGUCCCAUGAGCACUGGAUAGUCCUGUGGGCAAUGAUGGUUGUAUGUACACUGGGGCUCUUAGAUUCCUACUUGUCCAGGUAGGUGGUGUGCAUUUUGGGCCAGCCCCUGCUAUCUCCCAUCUUCCUUGAUGAGUUAAGACUUCACAAGAAUCUGAACCUGAGUGUGAGCUAUUGUUAAUAAAAUGUUGAGCUGUGGUAA